CGCAGCAGACGCUCAUGUACUCAUGGUAACAGAUUCUGCAAGAGCGUAUGCGUGCUCCUGACGCAACAAGUAUCUGGUUUCCAGUCUCUCCUUUGGAUGACUACGCGCUGUCUGGAGACGAAGAGCUUUUAACAUGAAGAAAAUGCAUAACCAACACUGUAUCUGAAGCAAUACAGUUUUAAAACUGACGUUUGUGGAACUGCGUUGUGUUUUAACCGAUUGCAUAAUAGUUGCUCAGACUUUUGCGGUUAUUUCUACUUUCCUAGUUGCAUUACAGGAUCGAACUGUAUCUGAGAGCAGUCUUUGGCGGAUUUCCAUCACAUCUUUUCUUCAAUCGUAUGUGUUUUACGCAUAUGGAUACUUUUCCGGAGCGCAGACGGUAGAUUAUGCAUUCCACAGGAUGGGUGCGAACAAUGGGAAACAGAGCGGGAGUGAAGGGAAAGGCAGUUCCAGUAUUUCCUCCGACCUGAGUUCAAGUACAGAUCAGACAUCAACCAAAGCUCCAAAGAAUGCAGCUACCAGUGAAGACUCGGACCUUAGCAUGCGAACAGUGAGUACGCCAAGUCCGGCUCUGAUUUUGCCGCCUCGUUCAUCUCCAGGCGUGCUUAAUGGCUCCUCCACGUCUUCCUCCACGUUCGGCACUGAAACCAUCGCCAUGGUCCACACGCCACCCACUUCCCUCACCCAUCCGCAAAGGAGUCUGCGACAGCCGAGAGACCAGCAGGGGGCGCCCAUCGACAUCCUUCCUGACCAUGCUUUCCUGCAGAUCUUCACCCAUCUGCCCACUAACCAGCUGUGUCGGUGCGCCCGUGUUUGCCGCCGCUGGUACAACUUGGCGUGGGACCCGCGUUUAUGGAGGACUAUUCGUCUGACAGGAGACGUGCUUCACGUGGACCGUGCGCUUCGGGUUCUCACUCGCAGACUGUGCCAGGACACCCCCAAUGUGUGUCUCACCCUGGAGACGGUGGUGGUCAGCGGCUGUCGGAGGUUGACUGAUCGAGGACUGUACACGGUGGCACAGUGCUGCCCAGAACUGCGUUGCUUAGAGGUGGCCGGCUGUUACAACGUGUCCAAUGAGGCCGUGUUUGAGGUGGUGUCACGCUGCCCCAACCUGGAACACCUGGAUGUUUCAGGGUGCUCUAAGGUGACUUGCAUCAGCCUGACACGGGACGUGUCCGUCAAACUCUCCCCUCUUCAUGGGCAGCAGAUCUCCAUCCGCUAUCUUGACAUGACUGACUGUUUUGCUCUGGAAGACGAAGGCCUGCACACCAUUGCCGCCCACUGCACUCAGCUCACCCACCUCUACCUGCGGCGCUGCGUGCGCCUGACCGACGAGGGCCUGCGCUUCUUAGUCAUCUACUGCCCGUCCGUGCGGGAGCUCAGCGUCAGCGACUGCCGCUUCAUCAGUGACUUUGGCCUGCGGGAGAUCGCCAAACUAGAGGGCCGCCUGCGCUACCUCAGCAUAGCGCACUGCGGCCGCAUCACAGACGUAGGCGUGCGCUACAUAGCCAAAUACUGCAACAGACUGCGUUACCUGAACGCUCGUGGCUGUGAGGGACUGACGGACCACGGCAUCGAGCACCUUGCCAAGAACUGCCUCAAGCUCAAGUCCCUGGACAUCGGGAAGUGCCCGCUGGUGUCAGACGCCGGCCUGGAGCAGCUUGCACUAAACUCGUUCAACCUGAAGAGACUGAGUCUGAAGUCGUGCGAGAGCAUCUCGGGCCGUGGGCUGCAGGUGGUGGCGGCCAACUGCUUCGACCUUCAGCUGCUGAAUGUACAGGACUGUGACGUGCCACUGGAGGCGCUGCGCUUUGUCAAGCGUCACUGCAAACGCUGCGUCAUUGAACACACCAAUCCAGCCUUUUUCUGAGAGCUGCACGCAUGGGAUUGUGUGGACGGAUUUGAGAAGAUAAUCUCUUUUGACCCGGGCCGGUGACGUCUCUGCUAGACAACACAGCGGAGAUUUGCACUGCUGCACCUCUGUAUUUAAUUUGCAUGGUUGGGAGGAAUCUUAACUUUUUUUUAAUCCAUUUAUUUAUAUUUUUAUUCACUUAUAUAUUUUUGAUUACUCAUCUUGUCUAUGUCAGAUUGUAUUACGUGUAACAUGUAAAUUUCAUAAUGAAUGCAAUUUGUUGGCACGUAGAGGAUUACAUGAUUUGACGUUAACCAGAAAAGAAACUAGACAUGUUUUGCAGAACUAAGGUGGUCCAUGGUUUGUUUUUUGUUGUUGUUGUUGUUGUUUUUGUUUACAUUUGAUAUCUCUGUUAUGAAUGUUUUGCUUUGUUUCAUCAUGUAAGCCUUGUAAUAGCUUGGUUUCUAUCUUGGUUUCAUUGCCCAGGAAUAUUACCAAACAGUGCCAUUUUGCUGUGACGUUCACCUUUGUAAUGGUCAAUAAGGCUUUUUCAGGUGUUUAACAAAUGGAAGACCACAGUGGAAUAAAGAGGUCUAAGCCAUAUUAAACAAAAUCAUAAUGUCUGCUUUUAAUUGGCUAACCUGCAUUAGCCGGUGUUCUUUCACUUUGUGCUAUCCUGUCAGAUUUGGUUACCUCCCAUUAAAACAGUAGGUAGUACAAUUCGACAACGAAAAAUGCUACCGGUCUAAUUAUGGUUUAUUAACAUCUACAUCUACACCUACCCCAACCCUAAACCUACCCCUUACAGUAAUGCAAAUACAGUAAUU